CUUUAGAUACCUACCUACUCCGAGCCUCCGUUCCCUAAUGGGGAAUCCUUUUCCCCAUCACCUCAACCGGAAGUUUUCUGCCCCUCCGUCACCCUCCACGGCCCUUUAUCCAUGCCUGUCAAGGGAACUUGCCAUCUUGCACUUGUACUUAAUUCUGUUCUUGUCUACUAGAUUGUAAGCUCUCUGGGGGCAGGAUGUGUGCCUUUUAACAUCUCAGUUUUCCUAGCUUCUACCAGCGAGCCUGGUAUUAGUAUCCACUAAAUACGUGAAUGAGUGAUUUUGCAAUUGUUGCUCAAGAAGAGUUAAGUAGUGGGAAACUUCAAAGCAAGAACUUCUUUCCUUUUCCUUUCCUUCCCUCUGUGGCUCGCUUUGUUGUGUGCCAAACGCUGCUCACACACUGGGAAUACUGUCUCAUACCACGGCUCCUGCAUCCCCGGAGCCGACAGUUGAGGAGAGGAAACAGCUAUUAAUUAAAGGAUCCCUACACGGCUCUUGCUAUAAAAGCAGCAGCCCUAAGCAACCUUUUGAAGUUACCACUAUAGAGAACACCACCACAAGUAGCAGCCAUGCCUGUAGAAGGAGGGAAAACGGAUAUGGAGAGGAUCGGCCUCUUCAGUGAGAUGGGAUAUGUUACUGUUGGUGAUAGAUAUGUGUCAUCAUUUAAUCGACCCUUUAAUGAAGCUGCAAGCAAAAAUAGACAGAUGUUACCUGGGGGAUCCAAAGAAAUGUCAAAUCUCCAGGCAGGUUAUUUUGAUCCCCAUUUUGCAAGGAUUUUUGAAGGCGAAGGCUAUGUAAGUCUGAAUCAAGUGAGGAGACGACAUAUGAUGGAAGAAGCCAGAAAAAAUCUAGGCAAAGCCUUCCUCCCUAGUAGUGGAGAUAAAAAGCUAUGUGGAUUAGGAAGCUACUAUGGGACAAUAGGAGGUCCAGUCCCAUUCUUCAGUGCACAGUCAAAACCCAGGGCAAAAUAUGAGGCACCUGGAAAGAAUUUAUACACAAACCCAGGAAAGAAAGGAACUGGAUAUGGCUAUGCAAAUGUUACCAUAGGUAAACAGUUUUCACACUCUGCUGAUUUCUAUGAUGCACCAAAACUAAAUUAUAAGAAAGAGAAUGAACAGCACCAUCAUUUACUUAAAGGGACACCUUUCAAGUUAAAUCUUUACCCAAGGGAAUAUUUUGAUUCUAAUCCUUAUUUUUUUGAGAAACCUUUACCACCAAUUAAAAAAGCAGAGAAGAAAGAAUUACUUCCAAGCCCUUUUAAGCCCUCGUCUCCUGGUAAAAAGGCUGGUGGAAUGAAGGCAGGAACAUUUGACCCUUACCCUUCACAUUCUGCUGACCCUUAUGCGGUUAAGUUGGCAAAGCAGAUUUCCAGGAAAGAUGUUAAGAUUUUCCACCCACCAGGUGGACCAAAAAGCAGACCAACUGAAAGCAUAAUGGCUUUGAAUGUCAAAAGGGCACUAAAUAUGAAGAACUACAAGACUGCUUCAGUACAGUCCUAUUAGCAUCUGGAAGACAAAUAGCUUUCUAGAUCCUGACUCUCAGUAACUCAUCAUUAAGUGCUAAUUAUUUGAAAAAAUAUAAGAUGUUGUGGGACAGAUAGCUAAAGCAUCAAAAGAAAUUUAAGCCUGCAACUAUAAUACUCUUUCUUGUUUUAGUACUGUUACUUAAAGAAUAAAUAGAAUUUGUUAAUAAUUUAACUUAUGAUUACUGAUCUAUAUUUACAUCUGUGUGUCUGAGGAGAAUAUAAUGUUUAGAAAUUUUAUAAAAUCUUGAAGUGUAUUCUGUUAUUUGAGAACUUUGACUCCUAAUGUUAAAAAAUGGCAGGGUUGGAGAGUA